UUUCAUACAAGCUGGGGAUUUGAACAUCAGCGUCCUAAAUGGAGCAAAAAAAAAAACUUGAAGAGUUUCAAAAUGACAAUAGGACUGAACUUUGACGGACGACAGUCGCAAAAGGUUCACGCUACACAAAAAAGCCUUUAAGCUUGUAUUCCAUUUACGGACAGCAGAGGUCGAAGUCACAUCUCUGAUAUAAUUCAAGAAAGAAAGAUGCUUUGGAAAAGCUUGUCUAGCUUAGUUUGGGUAGUUUUUGGAUGCGUUUAUUUGUGUACGGAACCAACCCACUCAACAUCAGCAGGAUAUGUUUUCCAGAAUGGACCCUACAUAUACAAAGUGGUCCUUCCCAAGGAAGACAAAAGAUCCUGGUUCGAAGCAGAAGAAAUCUGCCGGAUCGAAGAGAGCGGUAACCUCUUGACAAUAGGCGACAAGAAAGAAGGGAACUGGGUCAACCAACUCAUGCACAACCUCACCAAGGAGCUGGAUUACAUGGGGAAGUUCUGGAUCGGGGCAACUGAUAAACGACUUAGAGGUGUUUAUGAAUUUGUUGAUGGUUCACCGUUCAAGUACAGAGAGGCACCGUGGGCAGAAGGAGAACCAAACAGACCUCCCAAGAAGGCUUUUGGGCACGAGUAUUGUAUUUCCAUGGAUCCUAAUAGUGGUACUCCAACAUGGAGUGACGAUGAUUGCUUCCAGAGUUUUGGAUAUAUUUGUAAAUCGCAAGAGGUCCCAAAAAGACUGAAAGAUAAUAAGCGUUUUGGCUACGCAUGGGAAUGGAACUACUACGAGUACAAGUUCAUCCCUCUUCCUUACGACUCCAUGACGUGGUCAGAGGCAGAGCUGUACUGCCAAGAAGCUGAGUCAGGUCACUUGCUCUCCAUCUAUAACUCCGAAGAAAGCGAAUGGGUGACAGAAAGAAUAAGACAAAUCCGCCAGGUCUUGGGCUUCAAAGGACUUUGGAUUGGCGCCACGGACAUUUUCAGCAAGGGCUCAUUCAAGUGGACGGAUCGUGGGCCUGUCAACUAUACAAAAUGGACCGAAGGGGCACCAAAAAAUACCAGCUUGUCGAGGAAGCCAAGAGAAGCUUGUGUAGCGAUUCUAGCUGAUCCAGAAUGGGGAAAAUGGGACGAAGAGUUCUGUAUCAACAAGAUGCCAUUUGUUUGUAAAACUAAAAAAUGCAAAGGAAAGUCUGACUUGGCGUUCAUCGUGGACGCGUCAGGUAGCGUGACUGAAGAGGGAUUCAAAAAAGCCAAGGAGUUCAUGCUUAAGGUGAUGCGAGGAUUCCAGGUCACCAACAACGAAACGCACGUUGGUCUCAUUCGUUUUGCUAAUGAUGCAGACGUCAUCUUCGGGUUGAAGAAACAUCACAACGUCCUCGAGUUGAAGAAGGCAAUCGACGACAUGUUGUUCGUGCAAGGGGAGACCCACACAGAAAAGGCUCUAGAUCUGGCACGAACGACUCUUUUUUCCCAGACAGCGGGCAGUCGUAUGGACGUCCCAAGGAUUGCUCUCGUGAUGACCGACGGCAAGUCCGAUUCCUUCCGACGCACGUCCCAAGCGGCAGCUAAACUCAAAACCAUGGGGGUAACCAUAGUAACUUUGGGAAUUGGCAACGGUGUGGAUAGGAAAGAACUUAUUGAUAUGUCGACGAGUGAGGACUAUGUGCUGUACGUGGAGUCCUACGCUGCGCUCAGCAAACGAGUCAAGGAAAUAAGAGAAAGAGUCUGUGAUGAAAUCAUCCGUCAAGGAUUGAUUCGGCAGAGAGCACUUGAAGAAAAAGCAAGGAUAUUGGCAGAAAAGAUGGCCAGGGAAAGAGCAAGACUCCUGGCUCAAGAAAAGGCACGAAGACUAGAACUUCAAAGACUGUCAGCGAAAGAACGAGCCAGGAAAUUAGCAGAACUAAGACGUUUGCAACAAGAGAGGGCUAGAAAAUUAGCACACCAGCAACGCUUGGACAAGGAGAAGAAGGCCAGACAAUUGGCGGAAAAGCAAAGAUUGGAUAGGGAAAGGAAGUUGGCAGAGCAGAGAAGGAGGGAGAACAUAAGA